AUGGAAGAGGCCAGAGCUGUCCUGAAGAAGAAAGAUGCCAUUCUUGAACACCCGUCUAUGCUUGCAGAAGCAAUUGAUUGCAUCCGAUAUCAUAACCCACAAACUGGACAUAACGAGGCAGAGGAGCUUUUAGUGGAGAGCUAUCAGGGUGCAAUCGAGUUUCUGUUUGAACUGGGGACUUGGCUCACCUACAUUGAUGAAGAUGCCCAAUCUACUCGUAACAUAAUUGAAUCAGUUGUCAAGGAAGCUAUUCUUCAAAACUAUGAUCGUUCCAAAGCCAUAACAUGUUUAACAGAUGAAGCUUCAGCCGACACCAUGGAGUGGCUUAGUCAAAUGGUCGAAUCUCCAACUUGGCGUCAAACCAUUUAUAACCUAGCUCAGCAUCCACGGAACGAAGAUUGUCCUUUUUUAUCACUAUCUAUGCCGUGUAUAGCUGUAAAAGAAAGUCUCAUUGGAGAACUCGUAUCUGUUCCUCUUGCAUGGAACACUCUAGGCAUUUUCUUGAAGUGCGUUAUCUACGUUUUACAGCCAUUACUAGCUGCCGGUGAUACAGUUAAAGAUCAGACAUUUAUGUACUCCAUUGCAUUUUUACAGCCAAAACGGAAUAAUGCUUCAUGUACCAAUUAUUCUAGUGUUUCGCAUUCAGAAAUGAGCAUGGUGAAUUCGGAAUCGCUUCCAUCUAUUGAUGACGUUAAGGGUUUUGUUUCCGCUGUCGAUAACGAACAUCAGCCAUACUCAUCGGAAGGAGAGUCUCACUUUUCUUUUGAUACUGCACAAGAUAUGUUAACCCACUUUUUGGAAAUGGGUUGUCAUAGUGAACAUGGAUAUUUACUCUUGCAAUCUAUCUUGCAGUGUUUGGCACGAAAAAUGAAGAGCCAUUGUGCUCAUCAUCUUAUUUGGCUUUUGGAAGCUGAAGCAAGUCGAAGGGGCCGUGACGUGAGUCGGUACACAACGUAUCUCUGUGGUGCCCGAGAUUAUCCUGAUAGCAUGGAUGCGAUGCGUAUCAUCCUUAAAGAACAGGAUUUAAUUCCGGAUGCAGUUUUGCUGCUUGAGGAAGCAUAUAAAGGAGAUGCCCCCCCACCAGUAGCUUUGUUACGACAACCCAUUUUCAUUGCACUUCUAGCAGAUGCAUUAUUUGCAAGUUCUGAUAGAUUGUUAACUGAACAGUUAGAGCAAUAUGCCUACCUUUACACCUAUGCUGCAGUGGUCGUUGAAGAGAUUGAACCUACUACUGAAAGACGUAUCUCAUGUAUACGUACUGAAGUUGAUGAAGCAAAACGUGAAGUUUUAGAAGCAAGUCGAAUUUGUAGACAAUGGAACAAUAUGUCUGGCAGUGGAAUUAGUUUACGUGCUUUCCGAGACCUUCCAUCGCUUUUGAGAUGUUUAUCGUGUCGACCUGUUUCACUUGGUGUAUUUCGUUUCGUUCGGGUCGUUUUUCAUACGAAACGCGUUGAUUUCGAAUUAAAUAUGGACACCAUGAAACCUUACUGUAUAGUAGUGAAUGAAUUGGCUGAGGUCAAUGAAUAUUUACGUCCAGCUCUCUUAGCAUUUAUCACAGAAUUACUGGCUUCUUCAGUUGAAGGAAUGGAAGACUUGAGUCAGUUAGAAUACAAACGAAUGUUGGUCGGAUUACUUGUUCAUUUACUAUCAUGUGGCCAUGUACUUCCUGUAAUAAACACAAUGCAUAGACUGUUUUUACGCAAUCGUGUUGAUGUUUCUAUUGUUCGCCAUUUUGUUACAGAAGUCCUAAAAGUGGCGGGACAACCUUAUGCAACGUUCUUCAUGAAUGCAUUACAUCCUCUGGUUGUCCAUCCAGAUAUCAGUGAUGGUUUGAAAGGGGGAAAGGACACAGAUUACGUGAAUGAAUUCCUCGAGUAUUAUGAAAAAGAAAACUCGCUAUCGCCAAGUUAUUAA